CAUCAGCCUCUCUCAAACCCAAAAAAAAAAAACAAAUCAAACAUGAUUCAAGACAAGUCGAAAGGUGCAAAGCAAGCCCUUCUAGAGCGGCCAUGGUUCCUCGUGGUUGCUCUAGCUGGUCUUCUAGGUGGCGCGAUGCUCAUCACAAGCUUCAUCCGAGCUACGGACAACACUUUGUCACUAUGCUCGACAGCUAAGAACACAGCUGCGUCCAUAGCCGAAUACUCAGCCACCCCAAUCCAGCUCCAGUCCAUCGUCCACUACGCCACCUCACAAACCGUCCCACAACAAUCCUUCGAGGAGAUCUCGAUCUCGUUAAACGUCCUUAAGGAGCGUCUCCCUUGUAACUUCCUAGUCUUUGGCCUCGGCCGCGAUUCCCUCAUGUGGGCCUCCCUCAAUCCAGGUGGCACUACUGUGUUCCUGGAGGAGGAUCCUGAGUGGAUAGAGGCCGUCCUCAAGGACGCUCCAUCCCUCAGGGCCCACCAUGUUCAGUACCGGACCCACCUUUCGGAAGCCGGCCGCCUUCUCUCUACCUACAAGAACGAACCCAUGUGUUUACCAGCUAAAGCUUUCCCGAUCCGCUACAACGAAAAGUGUCCCUUGGCGUUGACUUCACUUCCUGAUGAGUUCUAUGAUACCGAGUGGGAUCUGAUCAUGGUGGACGCACCAAAAGGGUACUUCCCGCUGGCACCAGGGAGGAUGGCGGCGAUAUUUUCCUCAGCCGUCAUGGCACGUAACCGGAAAGGUGAUGGCACAACACACGUCUUCCUACAUGACGUUGACCGCUAUGUAGAGAAAUCUUUUGCCAAUGAGUUCCUUUGUGAGAAGUAUAAGGUCAACUCCGCAGGUAGGCUCUGGCACUUCGAGAUACCUAACGCUGCUAACAUGACCAACCAGCCAGGUGACCGGUUUUGCUAGAGUGCGCCAUUAUUCGUUCUUCGUUACUUCUUUUAAUUGGAACACCGCAUAGUUCUUUUAAGUUUAAAAUCGUCUUAUUAAAAUAUAAACUAUCCAGAGGCAACUCAUUAAAAUAAAGUAUGUAUUCUGUC